CAGUGUAGUCUGUAGUGACCAUCCUCGUAGUCAUAGUCGGCACCGGCAUCAUGAGACUCCUCCCGCUCCUCCUCCUUGUCAUCUGCUCGCCGUGGCCCCUGCUCCAAUCCGCCGACGCCGGGAGGACGCUGGCGGAGGCAGGGGCGGCGCGGCGGCCGCGGGUCCGGGCGGUGAGCCUCGGCGGCUGGCUCGUGACGGAGGGCUGGGUCAAGCCGUCCCUCUUCGACGGCAUCCCCAACAACGACCUCCUUGAUGGCACCCAGCUCCAGUUCAAGUCCGUGGCCCGGAACAGGUACCUCGCCGCCGAGCAGGGCGGCGGCGGCGCCAUCGUCGCCGACCGGGAGCAGCCGUCGGGCUGGGAGACCUUCAAGCUAUGGAGGAUCAACGAGACGACGUUCAACUUCCGCGUGUUCGGCAACCAGUUCGUGGGCGUCGACAUCUCCGGCAGAGUCGUCGCGACGGCCACCACGCCGGGCCCCUCGGAGACGUUCCAGCUCGUGCGCCGGGACGGCGACAAGACCCGGGUGCGCAUCAGGGCGCCAAACGGGCUCUUCUUGCAGGCAAAGACCAUGGAUUCGGUGACAGCGGACCACAGUGAGGACACAAACUGGGGUGACGAUGACCCGUCAGUUUUUGUGACAAAUAGUGUUGCCCAUCUACAAGGGGAGUAUCAGUUAUGCAAUGGCUAUGGCAUAAGAAAGGCCAGACAGGUGCUCAGGGAUCACUGGCGCACAUUCAUAACCGAGAGCGACUUCAGUUUCAUCGCGUCAAGCGGGCUGAACGCGGUGAGAAUCCCCGUUGGGUGGUGGAUUGCCAGCGACCCGCGCCCUCCACGUCCGUUCGUUGGAGGAUCUCUCCGGGCCUUGGACAAUGCAUUCCGCUGGGCAGAGAAGUACAACUUGGAUAUUAUUGUGGACUUGCACGCUGCACCGGGGUCCCAAAACCCCUAUGAGCACAGUGCAACCAGAGACGGCUCGCAAGAGUGGGGCACCAGAGAUGAAAGCAUUGCCCAAACCGUGCAGGUCAUCGACUUCCUCGCAUCAAGGUAUGCGGAGAGUCCAAGUCUCCUGGCGGUGUCGCUGCUCAACUCGCCGCUGGCACCGGGCGCGACCCUCCGCAGCCUGACGAAGUACUACCGGCUCGGCUACGACGCCGUGCGGCGGCACACGCGGACGGCGUACGUGGUCAUGCCGGCCAGGCUCGCCGCCGACGACACCGAGCUCCUCGGGUUCGCCGGGCGCUUCUCCCGCGCCGUCCUCGACGUGCACUACUACAACCUCUUCAGCGGCGCGUUCGAUCGCCUCACCGCCGACGACACCGAGCUCCUCGGGUUCGCCGGGCGCUUCUCCCGCGCCGUCCUCGACGUGCACUACUACAACCUCUUCAGCGGCGCGUUCGAUCGCCUCACCGCCGACGAGAACAUCGACUUCGUGAGGAGGAACCGCUCCUCCGACCUCGCGGCCGUCACGAGGCGGAACGGGCGCCCUCUCACGUUCGUGGGGGAGUGGGUCGCCGAGUGGAACGUGCGAGGAGCGAGCGAGAGGGACUACCAGAGGUUCGCGCAGGUGCAGCAGGACGUCUACGGGCGAGCGACCUUUGGGUGGGCGUACUGGAUGCUCAAGAACGUCAACCACCAUUGGAGCAUGCAGUGGAUGAUCCAGAACGGGUACAUCACGCUGGACAGCUCGCGGAGCCGUGCGAUCAUUUCACCACCGGACGGUGAUGAGCAGAUGGAAAUGGAAUCAGCAGGGAGGCUGAAGCAGGAUGCUGUUCAAGCUAGUUGAGGGCCAAUGGUUUCUGCGGGGCCUAGUCUCGUCUCUUUGUUCAAUUAGUCAAGCACUCAAGCUGGUACGGUGUGUUGUGCGUUUUCAGUCCGUUGUAGUUAGGAGUGUCUAAGUGGGGUUAUGUUAUCGAGUAUUCGAGUCCAAUAAGGGUCAUGUGUCAGGUCAGGUCUAUAUGGUGCCUGCGUUUGCACGUGUAAUCAGGGGCAGCGUCCCAUGGCGUUGUAUUGUAUUAUUGUGAGGAGCAUCGAGGUGUUGGGCUGUUGGCCGUAAACAGUUUUUUUUUAAAAAAAACAUGAGUCAAGCUCCUAAUGGUUCGGGAUGCACCUAGUUUUAAUGGUUUGGUUUUGAUAUUUGGGCUGAUGGGCUCUUUUGGUUCAGUGUUAGAUGGGUUGAGG